AUGUCUGUUCGAAGAAUCCAGAAUCCCGGCGAGGUCAUCGAAGCCAUCCAGAGCGGCAGGCCAACCGUCAUACAUUACUGGGACCCCGCGAUGGGAAAGGAAUCGCCACUCACUCCCAUUUUUCACAGCGCAGCGGAAGGUCGUGAGGGGUUGGAUAUUUGCAUUGUGGAUUCUGGCUUUAUUCCUCUCCCACAUGGACCGGAUGAACGGCCCUUAACGGUCUUCUAUCUCAAUGGCGAUGAGGAAGACAUGGCUCGGUCUAAUCCGAACGACACCGAAGAGCUUUUCCAGAGAAUUGAAGCGGAUCAUGGACUUUGA